CACGGCAUGCAUGCUGCCUGUCAAGUCAUACAAGUCUGGACUUGUCGCGGCUUUCAAGACAUCCGAGUGCGGCGUGGUCUCCUUGCGCGCUUGCAUUUUGCACUGCAGUAUGUUGAACUUGAAGCUUGUGUCACUUGGAACUCCGUUUUCGAGAUUUGGGACUUGAAGUUGAACCUCUUGAAGUUGAAUUGCCAUUAUUGUCAGCAACACAUUCUGUAUCAUUGUUCUGAGGAGAGUAAAGUCUAUUAUCAAUGAAGCCCCCCAAGUUCUGAUGACGUCGUUGAGUGUUGCGGAUUUACUGAAUGGCCUCAUCUGCGUCUUACCUCUGGCAGUGGUUUACAUUGGUAACAUUUCAGUUGAUUCUUCUUUCUGUAAACUGCAGGCCCUUGUGUUAAAAGUUGUUCAAAUUACAAAAGUCAUGUUGCUGCUGGCCUUAAAUUUUGAUCGGUACAUUGCAGUGACCAGGGCUUUGCGUUACCAUGACAUAUUAACGCCAAAUCGUGUUUACAUGGGGAAUGCUGCAAUCUGGAUCAUCUCUUGCAUCGCAUCUCUCACUGAUGCCUUUGUUGUCAAGUGGGAAAUUUCCAUGACCUACGAUGCAGUCAUGUUGUGCGUCUUCAAAGUUGAUGUCAAAGAAUUCCUAGUGUGGUUGGAUCUGGUUUUGCUGGUCAUCCUCCCACUCGUUGUAACAAUCAUGAUAUACAUUCGGCUUGCAGCAGUAGCGCGACACCACGCAGCCCAGAUUGGAGUUAUGCCAACUAGAGACGGCAACCAUGACAAUAACCAGCAGCGUCUUGCUCUCCAGAACCAAGCUCAAAAGGCCUCCAAGACCACCCGUGUUAUGACUCUAGUCUUCACCAUUGCCUGUAUGCCAAUUGUCAUAGCUGGUUUGUUGGCCUCCUACAUUGAUUUUAGCGACAUCCCCUGGGUACUGAACUCAUUUAUAAUCAUUUCAUUUUGUAGCGGCCUCUGCAAUAUCAUUGUUUACUUCUGCAAAAACAGCGUCAUCCGGGCCACCAGCAGAGCAAUGGUGGGUGCAAAACUGUUGCCGUGCCAACAGCUUCUCACAAGUUCAUUCACGAGAGUGCAGAAGUUCUUCUCUCGUAUUCGCCCCGGAAGAAACAGUCAGCACACCAGUGAACUGGAUUCCGAGGUUGGAGUCACAGCCUCACCACCAAACUAAUCCAGUAGUCAGUCUGAACAGUGACUUCCCAAACCGGGAGUCACUGAAGAUGAAGGGGGACGGCAAAAAAUGUGUGGUUACUUCCUCAGAUUUUUCUCUCCCCUCCUCUUACAUGCUGUCUGAUAUUUUUAGGUAUUUCAAACUCUUUGUUGAGACUUUUCAGUUGUUAAGAGAAGCUGUACGUCUGAUUAAUCUCUAAAAUUUUUAUCGUAACCUUGAAGUACAUGUAUACUUAGGUAAUGAGUGUGGUUUUAUCAGUGCCUGCUUCUGAUGUAUUUGUGACCCGGUACGUCGAAAUCAGGAAUAAGUCGCAAAUUGACAUUUUGAGAUUUGUACAUGGUCAGAAAGAGAAUUCAUAGGCUUUCAAAUGGUACACAUUACAAGCCACGUCGAGUUGUCAACAUUUACUCACAUCCUACUUUACUUGGUCAUUAAGUAAAACGGCCUCAGUGACUUAUUCCUGAUUACAAUGUGCUGGGUCACAUUUAUACUUACAUAUGUACAUGUAGCAUUUGGAAAUCAUAUACUUUUAUCUGCUUCCUUUCCUACCCCUCCAAAAAAAAGAGGAAAGUAUCGGCUUAGAAUCUGCCUGUAACUGAUAAAAAGUUUAGUAGUCGCAAUGUAAAAAUAGAGUAAGGUGGGUAACCGGAAGCAGACUUUUAUUUAUUUUAUUAAUUUAUUUUUUUGGGGGGGGUCUUAGCCACGUGAGCACUUUUUUGUUUGUUUGCUUUACAAUCUGUGUUGUAUUAGAGUAUUUCUGACAACUUGACCACUCGUGUUACCUGUACCACUGAUUUAAAGAGUCCAUGCCUUGAUUUUCUCUGUAGAUACCAAUGUUGUUCGACUUUCUUCUCCUAUAAAACUACUUGACAUCUGGCUUGCUUGAUUGAUUGAGAAAAAGUGCACUUGUUUAAAGAGGCUGUAUUUUUGCUGACAAAUGAUAACGCGAUGAUCUCACCCCAGGAAGAUGCUACUCAAAUCAUGAAUCCAAAUCCCAGACUUGGUUCAGUGGUCUACUGCUGUGAACUGAAAUGACAUCUGAAACAUUUUAUACAACCAAAUAAAAAACAGAAGUCUGGUAAAGUUGGUACUGAAAUUACUCUGAUAUUUGGGUUUCUUCUUGGGAUGUUAUAAUUACACUGAUGGCCCUGAAUGCAAUUUUCCAUAGUGUGAAGCCAAAAUACUCCCAAUUACCCAUCAAAAUUGCAAAAUAAAAAUUAAAUGUAGGGUUAAAUGUGGAACAAAGGUACGAUUUUGCAAAAGUCAGUUUAAAAAUUACAUCGCCUGGACUUGGAGUCUGUUUUGGGUCAUUAUUUUUUAAAGUGUUUGAUUAAUUUCAUAUGGUCAGGAGUUGACAUAGGUGCAGAACCAGAUGUCUUGAAUACUUGUUGAAUUAAUUGCUUUGUUAGCUGCAGGAUGUGCAUAUUUAUACAUGUACCCCAAAACUGUCCGGAGAAAAGUACCAGACAGUUAACGCUGCUCUAUCUCUAAGAGUAGGACCAUUUUCCUUUGUGUAGAAAAACUAAAAUGCCAAGUUCAAAUUUUCAAGGUACAACAUGUUAUCUUUAACAGAUGUUGUAUAUGUAUUCGCACCGGUAGCAUGUUGGUGUCACACAAUCUUGUUACCUGAUUCCAACAUUUCUGUCUGUAAGAGAGAAAGCUCUAAAUUCUCCAUUUUCCCCCCAAGUUUGAUACGGCAGCUUUUCCCAAAUCAGAACCCCCUGGAAAGUCUGUUUGCCCCAGUUAAUCUUUUUUUCUUUUGGAGGUCUAGCCAAGGGCAAAGUGUAAUAUGAACUUAAUGAUCAGAGGAGGUCUGUGCUCAGUUUGCACCGGGACCGUACUAAUGUGUAGCUUGAUGGUCUGGACACAUACCGUGGCUGCAGCAGGGAAAAUCAAUAUUAAAAUGAAACGUACCGUUCCAAUGGUGUGAAAUGCGAUUAAUCAGGCUUUUGCAAGGAAUGCAAUUUCAAUACACGUAGCUUAUCUCAGAUUACAUUCAUUCAUGCUCAAAAUUGAAGUGUUUCUUGUGGAUUUCUUUGUGCUUGCUUGAUACGAUGUUGAACAACCGUUGUUCCACCAUGGUAUUACAUGCAGGUGCCUUAACUAAAUGGCUGCAGCAGUGACCGCAUGCGCAUGCUUACUUCAGACUCUUUAAAGCACAGUUACAAAUUUCAUGACAGGCAAUGGUACAUGUACAGUGUAACUUGCUGUAUUGUUAUUUGAGUAAGGAUUUUUGUGUAAUAAUCUGUAUAGUUUGUUAGUACAUGUAGUAUUGUUCUGCCACUAAAAAGUAGCAAAGCAGCUACCAUACAUUUAUUUAAGCUUCAUGUGCUCACACCUGUAACUUUCAUUUCAGUUAGAACAGAAGGAUGUUUUUGACCUUAAGGGAAGAAAUGCACGUCAAGUUUGAGUUUACCCCACAUGCUGUGGGUCAAAAUCUCCUUCUUUUCUAUGGGUGCCAUUAAAUGCAUGACUGUCAUUUCUGCACGUUGUUUUUUUACUUCCAGGUUUCUUUGUGUUUCCCCAACUUAAUUCCCAUGAUCAGGAUUCUCAGAGUUGUUAUCUUGCAAUAAUGUACAUGCACAUCCCAG